CCUGCCUCCUGCUCCACGUGCCACACACCCUUCACCGGCAAAUGUGCCUUCAGUCCUCAUGCUGCUGCUCAGGAAACGCAUCAGCGACGGCUUUCUUCCUGACUGAUAUGAAUCCCACUCAUGUUAGCUCCGUCGCUAAGAAUACCAGAGUCUCAACUCCUGAAACCGAGCCAGCAAGCCCACUCAGAUGCGUACUAGCAGUAAUCUCCGCUUCUUUUCCUCAAUACGACACAUGCGCUGCGCUUGUAUACCCCUUCCCCCGGUUUCUACUUCUGUCGUCUACUAGGAGAGAUCUAUUCCUGCGCUGACGGGCUUUCUGGCAUGUUUGAGUGAGACCUGAAACAUCAGGUGCGCAGGGCUAUUAGAGCCUCCACAGUCUGGAUGAGUCACCUGUCGUAACAGAGACAGUGGCGUUCGGCUGGACGUCUGGCUUUGUGUCAAAGGCGUACUCGGGCAGCGGGAAUUCUUCACAAGUCCCAGCAAAUUUUCGAUCUUGAUGAAAGGCUAGAAAAGAUCAUGAUAUGUACUCCUUUUCCUCGGCGUUCGCCGCAUUUACCGAGUCCAGACUUCUUUGACACGGAGGCUCUGCCGCUAAGACAGAUCGAUCUCGGGAUCAUCUGGCCAUGAUAUCUUGACUUUGCCUCCGAUGAAUCUGGUUGGCAACCCGAGUUCUGGAGGUAUCCGGGCCGGCCCGUAACUCGAACUUCGCGGCCACAUUUCUGUACCACUUGGCCCCAAAGUCGAAAGCACGAAUGGCGGACCCCUUGCAAGACGUUGCUCGCAUCGAACUCGUGGCGGACUGGCAGUGAUAAUCUUUGAUACGGGAAGCGGACGGGGUUUGCCGGCCCUGGUCUGUGCACCCUUACUUAUCCAUGUCGCCCAGAUGUGAUGGGAUCUUUCACUCUUUCUUUCCUGCAGCUCCACUUAUUUCUCCGACACAUCCCUCGAUGUACUAUUACGGGCGCCAUGCGCAGCUCCGCGGCCGAUAAGCUAUAGUGGCUGGACGAACGUCAAGGUCCGCAUGCACGAUCCGGCCGAGGGUUGACGACGGAGAUUUGCCUCGAGGCUGCUGGGCGCAGGGUGCAUCGGGGUCACCCAAAACAGACAUGCCAACUCUUUAUAAGCUCGCCACACACGAUUCCCUUCACAACCCGCUGAAUGGCUUCGUCGAUCCCACAGUGCGACUGGGACUGGGUCCUGCUCCCCGCCAUUAUGAACUCAGCCGCCACGAACUCUGUGCCCAUCGUCCGCAUCAUUAAAGUGCCCCAACAGGCCUUCCAACGAGGCUCGACGGCUCCCGACGUGUUGGCAUACCCACAAGCACCGCAGACGCGAUUCAUCCCUCUCCCCUGCACCGAAGGUUCUUUCCGACUCAUGGGGUAUACCCCACCCUCGCUCUUCCCCAUCCAACUGGCUCGCCUGAGCAGGGCGAAAAUGGCCCGUCUCGACUACGGUGCGGCUUUCCCCGUGGACAAGAUGAUCACCGUGCUGGUCAACAACGGCGAUGACCGAGGGGACAUUGUCGUUCUCUUCAUCGACGUUGGCGGCGCCCGACUCGUUGCCUCCGACAUCAUCCGCUUCCUUCACACGUUCGCGAAGACCCGAAUCACGUAUGACCCCCGUGUGAUGAUUCACUCCCCGACGUUGGGUCUUUCCCUCCUGGACCACGCCACGCACGUGUGGUCUGUCGACGAGGGAACACUCGUGCAUCCGCCGACGGUGCUGCUCGGCCGCUUGCCCGUGUAGAUGUCUACGUUAUCGCUGUCUGUGUCAUUGCACUGCUUUCCGUGUCCUCACUCGCACUGUAUUACCACCCCACAUACUCAAAUGUUGACCUACCUUUAUCUCUGUAUUUAAUAAUCUAUCGUGAUUCAAUCUGC